AAUCCAGCUCCCAGUCCCCUCCCUGGCGGGCUUUAAGCAAAACUUUCAUAUACGCAUGCGCAAGACACAACUCGCUCCACGGCGCUAAAUUCAAGAUGGCGACUGUGAGGUUAGCAUCAACGAGAAAAAGAACCAAACGAAUAGAAGGGGAACCAGAGGAUUUGGACUUACAAGCAAGUGGAUUCAAGUUUUCACGCCAGAGUCGCUUCCGAAAGGCUCCCCAGAAAAAGGGAAGUGCAAAGAAAAAUGAACAGAAGAAAAGAAGAUCAAGCUUUGUUAGAGGGAGGAAGGAGCGCAAGUCUCUUGUGUUUUCAUCGAAAAAGUCUGAGCUUUAUAAAGAUAUUCCUACAGAUUUGACACCUGAGGAAAGACUAAAAAAGUUGUUUGGUGCCUGUCUUAAGGGAGCAAUGGAGAAACUGGAAAAUAAUCCAUCACAUUAUGAAGUGGAUGGAAUACCAAACUUUACUACAGAAGCAAAAGAAGUGUUCGGCCAUCUGCAAACAGUGAUAUCAGACAGCAAUAUUGUGGAUGAAGCUUUUAAACCUACUCCCAGUGAAGUAAAGCAGACACCUAACCCUAAAAACGAAGAACUGGAGGCUAAAGCAAGAUCGAGGCUGGCUGUUACUGAAAGGCUGAAGACAGAGAACAAGAAGUGGGAUAAAUUACUAUCAUCGCAUCAAAGUGAUAUGGGACAAAAAGAUAGAGAACACCAAGAUGAUGUGAAUUCCACAGAUCAGUGUCCAGACUUCCUAUCCCCUGAACAGCACCAGCUGCUCUCUGGAAAGCCAUCAUUGAAAGGGUUAAUGGAUAGACUUCAUGAAACAAAACUCCAAAUGAUAUUGCAGGCCGAUACAAUCACCACAUUUAUAAAUAGCAGUAAGGAGUAUGAAGCAGCAAGUAGCAGCUUCCUAAGCGAGCAAGUGAAAUCAUUUGCCGGCACAACGUUUGAGGCAGUGAAAGAGACAGGGACACCUCGAACAGUGAUUCCUCGGUUACUUAAGAAGCUAUUUUAGACAUUAAUCCGUCGAUGGAAAUCUUCUUUUGCAAAGUCUUAAUUUUAUAUUCGUUUCUAUGUUAUCGAUUCUCUGUGAACAUUUCUUACUAAUAACUGAUGGUUCUUAGCUUAUUGAAGGUAAAGGCACUUUGUUUUAGCCAUCAAAUUGUAUAUAUUUUCACCGCCAGCUCCCCGCUCCGACGAAGGGCUAACGCCAAAAACGUCAAACUUUGAAACUCUUUAUGGUGCCCAAUUUACAUUGUCUACUAAGUUGAACGACCAACUAUCUUGUAAUACCUCCCCCUUCGACGUAACACCCCAGUUAGUUUAGAAACGUAUCCCCUCUACUGUAUAUAGUAUGCUUUAGCUUCGAUAGUCGGCUGUACUGUCAAUCGGCCAACGUUGUCAAACUUGUACAGCAUAGUGGUCAACUGCAACCUAAGCGGUGCAGCAGAAUUCUUGAAUUACAAGAUAAUUUUAAAAAUCUUGUAAUUCAGGGAGGGGAAAAGUACGAAUCCGAAGAAUCAACACGGCGUGCAUUCCUUAGUGCUGAACCAACGAAAUAUAUAUUUUAAUAAAACACAGCUCGAAUGUC